AUGGGCCAACUUUAAGAUAUUCAAAAAGUGUUUGGAAGAUAAGAACAAGAAUAACAGUGUUUAAUGGUUUUAUGUUUUCUAAAACAAAGUUAAUAUGAUGAGUUGGAACUCUAAUAUUACAAAUUCAAAUAAAAUUUAAAUUUAUUUCCCUCAAUCGUAAUGAGUCCCUUUAAAAUUUUUAUCAAUAAUGGAGAAAUUUUCUAAAACUCUAAAGAAUUUUUAGACUAUAUUUAAUGUGUAAAUUUGGAAGGAGAUUUGAAAAGAAUUGUAAUUUUUAUGGAUGGAUGUUUGUAACAAUCAUUUAUUAAUGACUAUUAAAAAAUAUAUUUAAACGAAACUUACAAUGAGAUCUUUGAAAUAGUUGUAUUUGAUGAUAAGAUUACUGCUAGUUAGAAUGAUUACCCUUUACUCUAAAAAUAUUGGAAAAACAUCACCAUUUUUACUGAUAAAUAACAAUGCUUUUUAAACUUUUUAUAAGACUCCAAGGGUUAACAACCAUAUUUUAAUAAAUCCCUUUAACUGAAAAGUACUAAAGUUGAUGAAUAAAUAAUUGAAAAAGUUGGUAAACUAAUUGAAAUCGAGCUUGAAAGGUCAAAAAUAAAUUAAUGUAUAAGCGUAAAUGAAUUAGAAAUAGCUUUCACUAGUUUUGUUGAUUUUAGGAAUUAACUUGUUUAAAAAUUGUUUAUAUAGAUUCCUAAAACAAAAUAAAUAAAUAAUAUUAUAUAGGGAAAAUUCAAUUAUUAAAUUAUGGAACAAAUUAGUAGAUAUACAAAUUUGUUUUUUGAUUAAUUAUUUGAAUGGAUACAAAAAUUUUAACAAACUUUUUAUUUUUGUUAAUAUUAUGGUUUUGUUAGUGCUGCAUUUUUUAAUGGAUAUUUCAAAAAUAAAUCUUGUUAAAAUUGUUACCUUUAAUAAGCCUCUUUUGAUAGCUUAAAAACUCUUUAUCAAUAAUAGAGAAGAGGGUUUUCAAUUGAUCAUUGUGUAAAAUAUCUGAGCUAGAAUUAACCCUCCUUUGCUUAAGAUAACAGACCAACAAUAUCAAAAGUAGCCAAUAAUUUUAAUCACAUUAUCCUAAUAGGUAAAACUGGAGUUGGAAAAACAACUUUGUUCAAUUUAUUAUGCGAUGGAAAAGUUAACAGACUCAAUGAUCCAACCAAAAAAUCAACCAUAAAAAGGUGUCUAAAUAGUAGUCUCACAAUUCAGGACACUCCUCCAUUUGAAUUAGAAAAUAGAGAUUCAAUAGAAAAUAGUGAAAACGCUAAAUAAACGUUUUCAACUAUUCUAGCAUAAACAUAAAUAUCCUAAAUAUUCAUAGUUGUUAAAUAUGACAGGAUUCCAGUAAUGAAGCAAAGUGCGUUUGGUUGCAUUAAAUUUUUAUAUCCUUUUAGAGAUAAAAUAUCAAUAAUAAUUUUUAAUGAUGAUUAAAAUGAAGUAGUAGACAGAUAGAAUGAUUUUGAGAAAAUAUUUGAAACUAAUAAGAUUUUGAUAUGUAACCUUAGAUUUCAGCCAGGUACACUAAGCGAAGAAAUAUAAAAUCAUUUAUAUAGUAUAAGAGCAUAGCCAGAAUACUUAAACCUAGUAAAUACAGAUUUUGAUAUUAAAAAAAAGAAGAAAGAAUAGAAGGUUUUUUUAAAAAAUUUGGAAAAAAUUAACAAUAAAAUGAACGAAGAUGAUAUUCAAAAAUUAAAUUAAGAAAAUAAAGACAUAUCUAAAAAACUUGAAUAACUAAAUAAAGAAUAAUUAGAAUUGAUAAAGAAAUUAAAUUCGAAUUAAUAAAAAAUUUAGGAUAUCUACAGCGGUAUGGUAUAGAAAUAAAAUAACGCAAUUUCAUUAAUAAAGCUUGAUUGA